AACCAACAUGUCAAUCCAAGCUGCCAAGGAGACUUUCUUCAAGUCCGGACACUACGCCGUCGUGGGCGCCUCCAAAGACCGGACCAAGUACGGCAACAAGGUGCUUCGGUGGUACAAGGAACAUGGCCUCGAUACGGUCGCUGUCCACCCCAAAGAGACGUCCGUCGAGGAGAUGACGACGCUGGCCAACGUGUCUGAUCUCCGCGAGCCCAAGAAGACGAGCGUGAGCGUCAUUACGCCUCCAAAGGUCACCUUGUCCGUCAUCAAGACGGCGCUCCUCGACCUCGACGUCGCUGGUGUCUGGCUCCAGCCCGGCGCCGAGGACGACGAGGUGAAGAAGUGGGUGCAGGAGCAGGACGAGGCGACCAAGAACAAGGUCAUCCUUGGAGGGUCUUGCAUCCUCGUCGAAGGCGAAGGCCUGGCCAAGGCUGCGGGCAAGCUCUAGUCCACCCUUGUUGUCGUUGUUGUUGUCAUUUAAUUGCUACAUGUUGAAAGGAAGAAAAUGGUACUAAUAUUACAGAUGUG